GACGCGGAUGAAAGCACACUUCAAUUGAGAUAGACGCUUACGCUUCGGAAAGAAACAGGUCGCAAUGAGUGAACGUCCAUUCACGGUACAUUUUCCAAAAAGGCCCGAAAUCGGAGAUGAGAUAAUAGUAAGGGGCAAACUUAAAUCGGACGCUAAAGUAUUCUCUGUUAAUUUCAUCCUACCGCUGCCACCACCGAUGCUGAGGUCCUUUGCUGAACCAGAUUCCGCCCUAGCAAGCAGUCAGAACAGCCAAACAUGCCAUAGCAAUGGACACUCAACGACGGCUCAAUCUCCACCCUACAUUGCGUACCAUUUUAAGACGGUCUUUCACGACGAUGGAUCAAGCAUCGUGGUGCAAAACUGGAAAAACAUCGUUUGGCAGCAGGAAAUACGUAGUCCCAACCUGUGGCUCAAGGAUAGAAAGCGACCUUUCGGGAUCAUUUUUCGUUUCCAUCCCGAUACGAUAAAGGUGUUCGCCGAACACGCUCAUCAUGCACCGGAAUACGAGUUUGAGUACCAGGUACCACUGGAGAGCAUCCGGACCCUUGAACUGUGGGACGACGUGGAGUUUGUGGAGGAAGUGACUUUCAGAUUUAGAAAUGUGAAAUAUUCAUAAAAUGUGGGCGGCUGAUUGACGGGAGUAUAAACGCGUUUUGAGACACGGAUAGAACCGUUCGUUAACGAGAGACUCGCGAUGCACAAGGUGUUAAUUGUCAGUUACGCUUCGUCUAAUGUAAACACUCGUGUUUUUACACUCACCACCCGGCGUGUACAUUAUUUCGAGCUCAUUCACCGACGGACAGAUCUCGUCUAAAAUUUUCCCAUGCACCUCCGGUAUCGCACAAAUCACGACUCGUACGGGAGUCGCGAGUCAAAGUCAGUAUUUUUAACAUAAUCGUUACAUGUUGUUCCUGCUAGUGGAAAAUGCCUACCGAAUAAAGAUUGUAUCAUGUAACCCGGCACGAAUUAUUCAUAAA